CGCCCUGGCAGCACGGUGAGGCGGGCGUGUGCAAGAGACGGCCGGGCGUGGAGGGAGUCAUGGCAUCGAUGGCCGAGCGAAUCCGGGGCCACGGGCGCAUCGCCGCCGGGCUCCUGUUCAACCUGCUGGUGUCUAUCUGCAUCGUGUUCCUCAACAAAUGGAUCUAUGUGCACCACGGCUUCCCCAACAUGAGCCUGACCCUGGUACACUUCGUGGUCACCUGGCUGGGCUUGUACAUCUGCCAGAAGCUGGACAUCUUCGCCCCCAAAAGUCUGCCGCCCUCCAAGCUCCUCCUUCUGGCUCUCAGCUUCUGUGGCUUUGUGGUCUUCACCAACCUCUCUCUGCAGAACAACACCAUCGGCACCUAUCAGCUGGCCAAGGCCAUGACCACACCGGUGAUUAUAGCCAUCCAGACCUUGUGCUACCAGAAGAGCUUCUCCACCAGAAUUCAGCUCACGCUGAUCCCUAUAACUUUAGGUGUAAUCCUAAAUUCUUAUUACGAUGUGAAGUUUAAUUUCCUUGGAAUGGUGUUUGCUGCUCUUGGUGUUUUAGUUACAUCUCUUUAUCAAGUGUGGGUAGGUGCUAAACAGCAUGAGCUGCAAGUAAACUCCAUGCAGUUGCUGUACUACCAGGCUCCAAUGUCAUCUGCCAUGUUGCUGGUCACUGUGCCCUUCUUUGAGCCAGUGUUUGGAGAGGGAGGAAUAUUUGGGCCCUGGCCAGUUUCUGCUGUGCUUAUGGUGCUGCUCUCUGGCAUAAUCGCUUUCAUGGUGAACUUAUCAAUUUAUUGGAUCAUUGGGAACACUUCACCAGUCACCUAUAACAUGUUUGGACACUUCAAGUUCUGCAUUACUUUAUGUGGAGGAUAUGUUUUAUUUAAGGAUCCACUGUCAGUUAACCAAGGUCUUGGCAUUUUAUGUACAUUAUUUGGCAUUCUUGCCUAUACUCACUUUAAGCUCAGUGAACAGGAAGGAAAUAAGAGUAAACUUGUACAACGUCCUUGAGUUUUUGUGGAGAAAAGAAUUUUGCCCCAAGACAAAAAAUGUUAAGUAAGUUACUUUCAAAAAUGAAAAAAAUUGCAGUGUAAAAUUUACUGGUUUAUAAGAAUAAGUAAUACAAAUGUAUUCACAAGUGUGACUUUUUUGACGGUGACAAAGUUUAUUUGUAAAAGUGAAGAGUGAAGGAGAAACUGACUCUACAGAGUGAGCUUGGGUUGAAGAAUGAGGAAAAGGCAAUAUCAAAGAACACCCGGGAGCCAAGCCCAAGUCUGGUGGUGCAUGCCUGUAAUCCCAGCACUUGGGAGGCAGAAGCAGGAAUAUUGCCGUGAAUUCGAGGCUAGCCCGAACCACAUAGCAAGACUCUGUCUCGAACACUACCACCCCGCCCAAGAAAAAGAGAGAGGACACCCCGGAGGAAGCAGGGCAGAUUGUCCUUAGGAAAGCCACAGUAGCGAGCUUUAUCUGGUAAUUCCUUCUAAAAGUGGCUUGCCAUGUUACUGGUUUUGGGUUGCUCAUCUCUUCUUGUGGAGUUAGAUUCCAUGUUCUCAUCUCAAAGAAUUGAGUGAAUGUGCAAAAAGUAGUGACAAAGUUCAUUUGAAAAAGUAGAAGUGAAAAGUGAAGGAAAAACUGGCUUUGCACAGCGAGGGUAGGCUGAGUAAAAGAAGAAGUCAAAAUAAAAGGACAGAGCAGACUGUCAUGAGGAAAGGCACAAUAGCCACAAAUACAACUUUCUUAGUACCUUUUUAAAAAAUUAAUUCUCAAGAACUUAAGCUGGGCCCGGUUGGUGCACAACUGUAAUCCCAGCAUUUGGGACACUGAAGCAGGGAUAUUGCAAGUUUGAGGCGAGCCUGGAAUCUGUCUCCAAAAACAAUUUUUUUUUAAUCUCAAAAACCACAAUGGUUUGUGCUUCUUUUCAAAGAUGAUUAUAGGAAAUACAUAUAGGACAGUGCAGUUACACCAAGUGAAAUACAUGAGAAGUAAAGUUCUGUAAUAGUAAUAAAGGAUUCUGUAUUCCAGUACUACAGAAGUUUUUUUUUUAGUAUUGGUGUUCUUCUUUGGAAGGGUGUGUAAGACCCCUCUGCUUGCUAGUAGAUGGUUUUCCACUGUGAGAUGUAUUAUAAUUUUAGUCAUAGUGUUUAAGGGGUGGUGGGGCUCAAGCCCAGAGCCUUGCACGUGCAAGAUAAAUACCCUGCUACCAAGUUAUACUUGUACCCCUGAAAUCACAUUUGAAAAAGGAAUAAUUUUUUGAGAUAUGAAGAAGAUACAUGAUUUUCAAUUAAGCAAAUACUAUAUAGUGCCACAUAUUUAAUGCAAAAUGUAUUUCUGCCUUCCAGUAUCUUGACAUUUGAAUAUUGAACAAUUUUUAACUUCAAAUAAGUUUAAAUUGAGAGAUUAUUCCUCUGAUAAUUCUUUUUCUAAACAUUAUGAACUUUCUGUGAAAAAGCAACAUAAGAAAACAGCUACAUGUACAAAAACAUACCUUCAAAAAGUGAUAAAUUUUGGUAUAUGUCUUAUCACAAUAACAAACAUAUACAUAUCUUUUAGAUAUUUUUUGAAUUUUUUCCCACCUGGCUCAUUUAAAGUGAAAAGCUUCACUUUUAAGUAUUCUUUGGUUCUCAGUUUACAAAGAUACCUUUUACUGUGCUGAGGACAGAGUACCUCACUUCUGCUAUGUAAGCCUCAAGUAUUUUGUGUAUCUAGGAAGCUUUCUCUGGGUAUGUUUAAGUUAGCAUACAGUUACUUCCCAGAAGCUGGAGAAAAGUAUUCACAGUAAGGAUUAUUUGAUUUCAUCCCAGUGAGUACUAAAAACUGAGUUGAUUUGUGCUGUGUACAAAUUCUUAGUUGUAAAUAAAAUUGAGGGCAGUGUAGGGGAUUAUAAUAAAUGAAUGAUGUCAGCAGAAAAAUGGAGCAAGUUGGGUAAGGGUGUGUGUAUAUUAAUGAAUAAAAAGUGCACUGCUAAAAUCUUGAGUGUGUUGUUUUUGCCCUGAAGACAAUCACAUUGCAAAGAAAUCCUUGGGGAAAAAAUGCCCAGAUGACUGGGACCAAGCAGAGAGGCAAGCCAGAUGCUGUGCUUUGGAAGAAAACACGCUGUCCUUUUGUUAACCAUAUAACUGGACUUAUUUUUUUAUCCUGUGUUAAAUGACUUAAGUUUUGUCUGUCACCAAUAAAAAGA